UGUAUCACCAUACCUCCGAGAAACACUGAAUCUAAACUCCCCGCCAAAACAGAAAGUAAAUAAAAAUUUUAAAUAAUUAGUAUGAUAUUUUGAAAAUUUUCUUUUUGUGUCAUUUUAAAAUCUCUGUUUAUCUGAAGAAAAUUGCUUCGCCAUGGCCAAAGGCAAAGCUCCAAGGAGAACUCUCGAUUCUUAUACACUCAGGAACAUCAACAAAACAAUUAAAGCGGGAGAUUGUGUGUUGAUGCGACCGGCGGAGCGAUCGAAACCGCAAUACGUGGCGAGAAUCGAACGGAUCGAGGCGGACGCACGUGGUGGAAACGUGAAGGUGCACGUGAGGUGGUAUUAUCGGCCGGAGGAGUCGAUCGGAGGGAGGAGACAGUUCCAUGGUUCUAAGGAGGUUUUCUUGUCUGAUCAUUACGAUGUGCAAAGCGCUGAUACGAUCGAAGCGAAGUGUACGGUCCAUAGCUUCAAAAGCUAUACAAAGCUUGACGCCGUUGGAAACGACGAUUUCUUCUGUCGUUUCGAAUACAAUUCCGCCACCGGUGCUUUCAACCCCGAUCGCGUCGCCGUUUAUUGCAAAUGUGAGAUGCCUUACAAUCCUGAUGAUCUUAUGGUUCAGUGUGAAGGUUGCAGUGACUGGUUUCACCCUGCUUGUAUAGAAAUGACAGCAGAAGAGGUGAAAUUACUCGAUCACUAUUUUUGUGAAACUUGUUUAUCCGAUGAUCCGAAGAAGUUGCAGAAUUCCCUUGCCUCUUCCGUAGACUUGGAUACAAAGGUGGAUGCAAAAAAACGACGACGGAGGUGAAAAAGAAAGUACAUAAACCUAGUGUUUUAGUUGAGAUACGAUAGUUUUAAUUUUUACCACGAUGGUUGAGUUUGAGACUGACUUAGCCGGUUUGAAAACCUCAAUGGUUUUUUUUUUUUUUUUAUGCGAUAUGUAUGUAUCUGGUUUGUAAAUUAAGGUUGUAUUGUAUGUAAAAUAAAACUUCACCGUUUCUA